CCUUGCUUGUUAGGUUUGGAUAUACUUUCUCUUUAUGACCAUAAAAUCACGCUGACAACUUUUACCUCUGGCCAUUGAGCUCUUCUCCUGAAAAUCCCAGUAUGGAUACUAGUCCUAGAAUUUCAUUUUCCCAUGAUCCUUUCCUAUCAGAUGUCAUGCCCAUACAGCAACAACUUUCUCUUCCAUUAGACUCAUCAGGAUUGAGUUCUAGCAUUGAUUUCAAUUUUUGCAUUUCUGAAAACUUCCAUCAAGAACCAUCAUCAGCUGAUGAGCUUUUCGUCGAUGGAAAGCUUCUUCCUAUUAAAAUCAAAGAAAAGAAUUUCUCGAAUAAACAAAUGUAUCAUUCUGUCCCAGUACCACCACUGACUGUUCUUCAUGAUGAUCAUGCAACUAGUAUUGAAAGCCUGAACAAGGAUAAUUCAGAAGAAACCAAGAUUAGUACUAGUCAUAAAGAAGCAAAUGAGAAGCAAGGUUCAUGGAGAUUCAAAAAGCUGUGUUUCAGUAUGAAUUUUACAACUGUAUGCAAGCAUGCUUUAUGUUUAUUGCCACAUUUUUUGCGAAGCAACUCAACUGGAACUACAGCAAAUGUUGAGCCAGUGCCAGUGUUACAAAAAGGUCAUCAUCAUAAGCAGUAUUGGCAGAAAAGUUCACUGGUAUCAACAAUAAAGCCUUCACAAUCUCCUUCCUCAAUUGGUUACCAAAAUCCUCCACUGAAGAAGGGUUAUGGAUCAUAUGGCAAUGGUCUUGGAGUCAGUCCAAUUCUGAAUUUUCAGUUGGGGCACCAUUUUUGUUUAGGUUCAAUAAUUUUUAGUGGCAAAUAUAAGAACAAGAGCAUGUGAUUAA